AUGUCUGAAGAAAAAGAUCAACAACAAAAUUAUCAAGAACAACCGGAAAACUCAGAACAACAAGAUGAAUUCAUUGAUAUAAAUGAAGUUGGAGAAGAAGUAUAUGAAGAUGAUGGAAAUAAUCAAGAACCACCACAAGAAGAUGAAGAAGAAGAUGAAGAUAUGGAAAUAAAUGAAGAACCACAAGAAGAUCAUGAAACUCUCGAGAUAGAUAUGUCAAAUAAUUCAUGGACUUACUUUGAUAAACAUGAAGAUAGUAUAUUCACAAUUUUUGCACAUCCAAAAUUACCAAUGGUUUUAACUGGUGGUGGUGAUAAUUUAGGAUAUCUUUGGACAAUUCAUUCACAACCACCAAAAUUUGUUGGAACUAUAGAAAACCAUAAGGAAAGUAUAAUAUCGGGAGGAUUUACAAAUGAUGGGAAAUUUUUGAUAACGGCAGAUAUGGAAGGAUUAAUACAAGUUUUUAAAUCAAAUAAAAGUGGAGAAAAAUGGAAUUUAUUUGGUGAAUUAAAUGAAGUUGAUGAAAUAUUAUUUGUAAUUGUACAUCCAACAUUACCCUUUUUUGCAUUUGGAGCAAAUGAUGGAUCAAUAUGGGUAUAUCAAAUAGAUGAAUCAAAUAAACUGUUAAUACAAAUAAUGUCUGGAUUUGCACAUACUUUAGAAUGUAAUGGUGCAAUAUUCAUACCUAGUAAAGAUGAAAAUGAUUUAACUUUAGUAAGUAUAUCUGAAGAUGGAACAGUUAUAAAUUGGAAUUGUUUUACUGGUGCAACAAAUUAUAAAUUACAACCACAUGAUGAUUUUAAAGGAGUUGAAAGUCCUUGGGUUACUAUAAGUAAUUAUGAGAAUUUAAUAGCUAUUGGAGGUAGAGAUGGUCAAUUAUCUAUAAUAAAUAAUGAUACUGGUAAAAUAGUAUCUUCAAUAAAAACAUUAGAUAAUGUUGAAGAUGUUGCAGAAUUAUCAAUAGAAGCAUUAAGUUGGUGUAAAAAUAAAAAUAUUAAUAUGUUAGCUGUGGGAUUAGUUUCAGGAGAUAUCUUAUUAUUUGAUACUCAACAAUGGAGAUUAAGAAAAAAUUUAAAAGUUGAUGAUGCUAUAACUAAAUUAGAAUUUAUUGAUGAUACUCCUUUACUUGUGGGUUCUUCAAUGAAUGGUAAAAUAUAUAAAUGGGAUGCAAGAACUGGUGAUGAAUUAUUUGUUGGUGUAGGUCAUAAUAUGGGAAUAUUAGAUUUUACAAUAGUUGAUAAUGGUAAAAAAUUAAUUACAGCUGGUGAUGAAGGAGUUUCAUUGGUGUUUGUAACCGAAUAA